UUUGUACAUGAUGAAUUUAGGAAAUCAGAGCGAUAUUCUCAAUCAACCAAUUAGACGUCAAUUGAAUGUAAUGCGGAGUAUUGCCAAAACAUUCCGAGUAGUAAUGAAUAAGCGAUAUGCUCAGCCUGUAGUCACACCGAAUGAAGCACCGAUUCCUGAACUUUCGAAUAUUCCGGAUAAAAUAGAAAAUGAAAUGGCCAAUCAAAUCGAAGGACUGACAUCAGCAGUAUCAUCAACAUUAUCUAAUAAUGAUAAUAAUAAUUCAUCAUCACCGGAAACAAAUUAUCCGGCUGACAAUAUUCUAAAAGGUGCUGGUAGUAGCAGUGAGGAUGGUCAGAUGGAAAAAUCUAUCAAAGGAAUGGAUCUUUUAUAUACCUCAUUACGGGAUAUUUAUUCAAUCAUUCGAAAUGGUUUACGAAGAUAUGAGAUAACCGAUACUGAAUGCCAAUCACGUAUCGUAUGUGAAAUACAUCAGAAAAUUAUAUCACAUAAUAAAUUGCUCAAAACAUUCUCAGUGAAUGCAUUGGAUGUACUCAACCUUGAAAAACAUAUAGAUUCUUGGAGUUCAUUAAAUCAGAAAAGUAAAGAAUCAAUCAAAUUUUACAUAAAUGCUGCCAAAAAAGGUUUUGCCGAUAAAGAUUGUAAUAAAGAAUUUCGAAACUGUCCAACAUUAGGAUCUAGACAAUUUCGUAGAUUUAUCUUUAAUCGUAAUUCAUUGCUCAAUCCAAGUUAAAACGAUCAAUCGUUC